ACGAGUUUCAUAAUCGUCCGCUACGGAAUUGCACCGGCGAUUCGAAUAGAUAAACCUUCCCUAAUCUGCUUUGAUUCGGGACAUUUUUGGAAGCGCGAGAGGUCACCAGGGAAAAGAAUGGACCGACUUCGACGGAGUUUUCGCGAUAGUUUUCGGCGGCGGAAGGAGCCGCAUGUACCGGAAUCGAGUAAACUUCAUCAAUGGCAGGCAGAUGAAACUGCUGUCCGCUCAGCUACAUGCGCUUUUCACGUUAAGUACCUGGGAUGUGUCGAGGUGUUCGAAUCAAGGGGUAUGCAAGUAUGCGAGGAAGCUCUGAAAGUACUUAGGAAUUCGAGACGGCGGCCAGUACGCGCAAUUCUCCACGUAUCAGGGGACGGUUUGCGAGUGGUUGAAGAUGAGACAAAAGGUUUGAUCGUCGAUCAAACGAUAGAGAAGGUUUCCUUUUGUGCUCCAGAUCGGAAUCACGAGAAGGGAUUCAGUUACAUCUGUAGAGACGGCACGACCAGACGAUGGAUGUGCCAUGGGUUCUUGGCAUUAAAAGAAUCGGGGGAGCGUUUGAGUCAUGCUGUGGGCUGUGCUUUUGCUGCAUGCCUGGAAAGAAAGCAGCGAAGGGACAAAGAAUGUGGUGUCACGAUGACGUUUGAUUCGAAAACUUCAACUUUCACCAGGAGCGGCAGCUUCAGGCAACCAUCUCUAACCGAACGAUUGCAGGAUUCGCGCGAACGCGCUGUAGAUGUACCUCCAAUAAAGCAAGUGUAUAAUCCUUUCGCGAUCGAGAGGCCACACGCUACUCCGUCGAUGCUCGAACGACAAGGUUCCUUCCGCGGUUUUACACAACUGAAUCAAGCAUCUCCGUUUAAGAGACAGCUUAGUUUACGGAUUAACGAUCUUCCUAGUAAUCUUGAACGCACACGUAGCCUCAGUCUCGAGCCAACGGAUUUGUCACGAAUGCCAUCCGCUUUGUCUCACAUCGUACCUUUGAAGCCACCAGUUAGUCCAAUUCCUGAAAUAUCGCCUGGGGGUCAAGAUAGCGUUUCCGCGAUGUGCCAGCAGCUUUCACAGGGGCUUUCUCUUCUUUCAAGCAGUGACGAUUUUGGACCAAUUCCUACACAGAGCAGUACAAGUUCCGUUGCUAAGCAGCUGUUCACGAGCAGCGCCGCUAAUAACACUCUGUCAGUGACGACCAGCAAUUCAUUGGACGAGUUGAAGCUGCAAAACGGUCCAAGUCUGAACAACAAUAACAACAACAAUGAUGACAAGAACGAUGAUAUCAGCAACUUGAAUCACGUUGGACCUAGCUGGCAGGAAGCUCCGUCUCCAGUUCUGGCUUCAAAUCAUAGGCUCACACCAACCCUGAACAAAACCAGUAACCUCAGCCCUGUUCUUCCAAGAAUAAACGCGCCUACUCCAAUAGUGAUGAGCACUCCUGCAUCAACCACAACUGUUGGCGUGUUUGGUACACCAUCUUCAGCCAGUCCAGCCUUUAGUACAGCAUCCACAUCUUCUUUGGGGAAUGCGUCGACGUCAGCUGUGAACAGGUCACCGAUUCCAGUGACUUGUGUGAUGACUUCGAAGACAAGUUCGCCCACCAGCAGUGUAGCACCCGGUUCCCCGGCUUUAUCUGGUAACAUUGUUGCUGAUACCAGCCAAAUCAGUCAACCCCCGGUGGCAAAUACAAUUUCUACCCCAGCGGUCCAGCCGGUUUCAACGGCAUUGCCAAAACCAGAGCAGUGGCUAGGCAGUAUAACCAGCUCGAUGCCAUCCUCAGUGCAAUCUCCUUCGCAAGGGCAAACAAGUCCACGACGAGCGCCGCCGCUUCACGCGAGGGCUCUGUCGCUCGGAUCGGCUGGGAUGGGACAAGCUACUAGAACUACUUCGUCAGAUCCAUUCGACGCGGAAUGGGCGGAAAUCGCAGCGAGAAAUCUGCGACAGUCGGGCACGACAAAUCCGUUCAUAAUGCCAAACGUGACGCAAGCGUUUCAGGUGCAAUUGUAG